AGCAGGAAGAGGGGUCCGGGCGGUAGUGCGGCCGAUCGAGCACCCGGAGAUCCCGAGAGAUAAGGAGAUCGGCACGUAGCCGACCGGACGUUUGGCCGACUGGGCCCGGGGCCCGGCGCCGAGCGCAUCCGCCACUGGCCGGGCUGAUUCCCUCCCGUCCAGGCUUGGCCUUAGAUCCCCGGCCCACUUCCCCCUUCUCCACCUCCAAGCCCGCCCGAGCCUUCGGGUCCCCCGCCUCCUUCCCAGGCUCUGCAGCACCUUCCGGGAGCUGACCGUACGCGGGAGGCCGCUUGUCGCAGUAGGUCCCGGGGCGGCCUGACCCCGAGGGAGGCGCGCGCACUGCUCACACGCCCAGGGAUUUGUUGAUACCCCAUGUUACCCCAUCACCAGAAGAGUCUGGGCAGAGAUUGGACUACACCGUGGGAGAAUCUGCAAAGGUGUUGCUGGAACAGACAUAUUUCUAGUUGUAUGAGGUGGCCUGGACAUUAUUCUCGCGCUCCUUACCCGUACUUCAGUAGUAGGCAUUUUUCACUAAAUUGGAGACCACCUUGUUUGUUUGAGUCUGGAACUCAGUUUCAGUACUGGAACUGGAGACCUGACAACUUGAGCCAGACAUCUUUGAUUCAUCUCUCUAGUUACAUCAUGAACUCUGAGGGAGAUGAGCCUUCAUCAAAACGAAGAAAACACCAAGGCACAAUAAAAAGGCAUUGGGAAUAUCUGUGUAACCAUAAUAAAGAAAAAACGAAGAUCCUAGGAGACAAAAAUAUUGACUCCAAAUGUGAAGACAGUGAGAACAAGUUUGACUUUUCAGUGAUGUCCUAUAAUAUACUUUCACAAAAUUUAUUGGAAGAUAAUUCACACCUCUAUAGACACUGCCGGCGGCCAGUAUUACACUGGAGUUUUAGGUUUCCUAAUAUUCUGAAAGAAAUUAAACACUUUGAUGCAGAUGUACUUUGUUUGCAAGAAGUUCAAGAAGAUCAUUAUGGAACAGAGAUCAGGCCAAGUUUGGAAUCACUGGGUUAUCACUGUGAAUACAAGAUUCGGACAGGAAGGAAACCUGAUGGCUGUGCCAUUUGCUUCAAACAUUCCAAAUUUUCACUCUUAUCAGUGAAUCCAGUGGAAUUCUACCGCCCUGAUGUUCCUCUGUUAGACAGAGACAAUGUUGGAUUAGUGUUACUCUUGCAGCCCAAAAUUGCAAGUGGUGCCUCUCCUGCAAUCUGUAUAGCUAACACACAUCUGUUGUAUAAUCCAAGGCGAGGUGAUAUUAAGCUGACCCAAUUGGCAAUGCUUCUAGCAGAGAUUUCCAGUGUUGCUCAUCAGAAAGAUGGCAGCUUCUGCCCUAUUGUUAUGUGUGGUGACUUUAAUUCUGUUCCUGGUUCUCCGCUCUAUAGUUUCAUAAAGGAAGGAAAAUUGAAUUAUGAAGGACUGGCCAUAGGAAAGGUAUCUGGCCAGGAACAGUCUUCACGGGGACAAAGAAUUUUAUCUAUUCCAAUUUGGCCCCCAAACCUAGGUAUCUCACAGAACUGUGUGUAUGAGGUACAGCAGGUACCAAAAGUAGAAAAGACAGACAGUGAUCUGACACAAACACAGCUGGACAAGACAGAGGUCCUAGAGACAGCUGAAAAGUUAUCUUCAAAUUUACAGCACCAUUUCAGCUUGUCAUCUGUUUAUUCACAUUAUUUUCCCGACACUGGAAUUCCAGAAGUGACCACCUGUCAUUCCCGAAGUGCCAUAACCGUGGAUUAUAUUUUCUAUUCUGCUGAAAAGGAAGAUGUUGCUGAGCAGCCAGGAGCUGAAGUUGCUUUGGUUGGUGGCUUGAAACUUCUAGGUAGACUGUCACUUCUUACAGAACAAGAUUUAUGGACUGUCAAUGGACUUCCAAAUGAAAACAACUCUUCAGAUCACCUGCCUUUAUUGGCUAAGUUCAGACUUGAGCUCUGACUCUUCUUUGAUUACAUACGUACUUUUCUUUCCAAUUUAUAUUCUUUUUCAAAGAAUGUAAAGUUGUUCUUAAGAGUUUGCAUGUUGUUUAUUUUUGCGCUGUAGUGUUUCUGAAGAGGUUAUGUUAAUCGGAAGCAGCAAGUUUACAACAAUUUUCUUUUUUAUUAAUGAAAGAAUAUUUUCCUGACAAGUGAGAUCUAAAUGCUGUUUAUUGUAAAAGAUUUGUAUAUAUUUUUUAUUCUAAAUCCCAGUAAAAUUGACAGUGAUUUUUAAAUAUAUUGCAUCUUCUUUAGUCCUCUUAGUAAAGAAUUUCAUGUUUUUGGCAAGUUUUACAGUGGAUCUAAAAUAUCUGAGUUCUUGCCAACCACAACUCAUUUCUCUUCCCGAAAGCCAUGAGAACCAUAUUUUUGUUGAGACCUAAUUAGUUCAUCUCAGAAUUCAUUGGGUCAUUCACAAGUGUCCAACCAACCAUUUUAGUUUGUUUCUGAGGGGGCUCGAUAAUGCUUAUUAAAAUCGUACAAAUUGCUUAAUCCAUCUUAUUACUAUCCCAAGCUAUGUAAUAUACCUGCAUUUUGUUGGGGAAUUAUAGGUCAUCACAAUAAAUACUUUACG